AUGCCCACAGAAGCAGAGGAAGUGGCGGAAGACUAUCGUCUAGCCUUGGAGGAUUUGAGCACCAAUGCUCGCUUUGAAAUUAGCAACUUGACCGUGAUUGCCCGAGAGAAUACCGAGCAUGCUCUAGCGAUUGCUCAAACACUGGAGCAGCAUAUCUUGAAGACUGCCCCCAACAAGAAGCUGCCGGCAUUAUACGUGCUAGACUCCAUCGUCAAGAAUGUCGGCACCCCAUAUACGCUGUAUCUGGGUCGGAAUCUGUUCAAGACCUUUAUGGAAUCAUACACUGUUGUCGAUAAUCCGACACGAAGGCGGCUGGAGGAGAUGCUCAAGACGUGGACUCAGCCUGUUGCCGGCUCGUUGGAUACGCGUCCGGUCUUCUCGCCUGACCUUGUCCGACCGAUAGAGAACGCUCUUAUGAAGGCGAAAGCUGCAAUGAUGCCGCAGACGCAAUUGCCAGGUCGACCAAGAUCUGCUAUGCCGCCCUUUCGAAACACACCUACACCACCAGGAGCACGAAACGGUGGGACGCCAACUCAACACCACCAAGCGCCACAGCAGUUCCCUUACGGGGUGCCACCAACUGGCCAAGCACACCAUUACGGCCAGCCGAAUGCAUACCCUCAGCAAAACGCACAAGUCUACCCGUAUCAACAAGGCAUGCCUUAUGGGCAGAACGGGACGCACAUGCCGCCAACUCAGGCUGGUGUGGACGUAGAAGCCUUGAGCAAAAAUAUUGCAGAUCUAAUCGCUGCGACGAGAUUAGAGGCCGCGCAGAAACCAUAUGAUGGUGGUGUGACGGCGAGGCUGAAUGCCCUGCUGGAUUUGCAACGAAUAAUCCAGAGCACUGCUUUACCGCAGGACCAGCUGGCCGCCAUUAAGAACCAAGUAACAGACCUUGCUGCCGUGACUUUGAGACCAGCAUCAGCUCAAAACCAUGCAUCCGCCUAUGCUCCUCCAGCCCAGGUUCAUCAGCCUGCGCCACCUGUCCCUGCGAGUUCUGUAGCUCCUCCUCAGGCUGCCCAAGGGACAUUAAGUCUGGACACUCUGUUGGGACCUGGAGCACUGGCCACACUCAUGGCGCGACAGUCCUCGCAGAGCUCUACUCCAAACCCACUAACUAAUCCUGCGACCAAGUCGCCGCAGCCACCUAUUGCUACGCCUUAUGCAGCGCCGCAGUCAGCAGUGCCGGAACAGAAGCCGGGGCUGUCCUUGCUCGACCAGCUCCGACAAGCCGGCAUACUCUCCUCAACUCCCCAAGCCAACCCCAGUAGCGCCCCUGGGCCGUCUCCUGCGACUCCUACACAGAUGCCAGCGAUCUCGGCUAGUCUUGCGAGCAUACUAGCGGCACAAAAGGCCGGUGGUUUGUCAGCGCCCCAGCCUGGGUCUCACCGUGGCUUGGAUACUGCGUCGUUAAAGCAACCCGCCCGGCCUGAUACCAUUUCACUGCUUUUCGAGAGACAAGGAGCGCCGUGCACGCAGUGUGGACGUCGAUUCCAAACAGAUGCUGAAGGCAGAAAGAAGAAGACAGCGCACAUGGAUUGGCAUUUCCGUGUACAUCAGCGCGCCAACGAAGCUGAGAAGCGCGGGACACACCGCAGUUGGUAUCUCGAUGCUCAGGACUGGCUCAAGAAUCGCGAGGAAAUCGACACUGACAAUCACUCCACCUCACCGUCUGCAGACGCUCAGGCAACCGCUGCUGCCGCCGAGGCCGCCAAGCCCAAGUAUAUCAAGGCGCCAGACGCGAAUAGCGGCAUCAACAGUGUUUGCCCCAUCUGUCAAGACCGAUUUGAGAACAAGUGGUUCGACCAGGCGCAGGAUUGGGUAUGGCUCGAUGCCGUGCUCGUGGGUGGACGGGCGUACCACGCGUCCUGCCAUGCUGAAGCAACGAGGGACAGAGAGGGGAGUGCGCCACCGCCGGCAACAGGCCCGGCGGGCGUACUGGGGAAGAGGAAGGCCGAGACAGGACUGGCGUCCCCGAAAGUCAGGUCGUUGAAGACCUUUGGCUGA